UCACGACGCGUAACUCAUUUCAAUAAGACACUCGGCACCUGUGCGACCCAACUCAAACGAUGCGCGCACUUGGCUCUUACUUCUCACCACUUGCUAACCGGUUUAACUUACGUACUCGCGCUUAGAGCCGUCUCUUCUACCGUCGCGCUCUUUCAACAUCCGGUGAUUCUCCACGCAAGGUGCCUAUCAUCGUGGAACCCUCUAUGCACGAAAUCACUUAUUAAUAGCACGAGGGAGUCGAAAACCUCAAGGACUACAGUAACUACUGAUUUCAUCCUGUUCACCUAGACGAGACGUACCAUGACGGGCGAAAUCGUAUCGUGCCUAAGACGGGCCACGGAAGCUAUUCUACCGUAUGGCUUGCCUGGAAUGCACUACGAUACAAAUUUGCUGCUCUCAAAAGUUUAAGAGCUGAUGCAUCUGAGAAAGACAGAGAAUGCGAUUUUAGCCCGCCUUGCCGCCGGCCAGGCUGACCAUCCCGGGCAAACUUGUGCUGCAACCUUGGUCGAAAACUUUUUCAUCACGAGUUCUAAUGGUUGUCAUCAAACAAUCGUCACCGAGGUCGCUGGGUCUAGUGUUGUUAUUUCCAAAGAAUUGUGUUCUGAAUGGAUGUUUCCGCUUACAAGUAGCGCGAGUCGUUGCCGCACAGGUUCUGCAGGGGUUAUCCUACGUUCAUUCGUGUGACGUCGUACAUGGCGGUAUG